UAAAUAGCUCUCUUUAGUACAAAACUCUUAUUACAUAGUGCAAGAACAAAAGCUCACAAGAUUUUUGUUUGUGUUUUAAAACAAAAGAACACAAAACUCCUUCUCUGUCCUUUGUUGUGUUUUUAUAUGCUAUUCACACCAUGUGCCAGUUAUCAUCAUCAACCUCUUCUGUCUCCACUUUGUGUGAAACUAAUAACAACCAAACAAACAUAUCCACAACCAAACUCAAGAAACCUGACAUGUUUACACCAUUGAUCCCUAAAUCCCCAACAUUCAAACAACAAGAAACCCACACAAAAAAAACCCAUUUUUCUCUUGCCAUCAAUGAAGCCAAACACAUUUCAAACAUAGCGUUACCUAUGGUUUUAACAGGCUUAUUAAUGUACUCUCGUUCCAUCAUUUCAAUGUUGUUUCUCGGCCGUGCUGGCGAACUCGCUUUAGCAGGUGGAUCACUUGCUAUAGGGUUCGCCAACAUAACCGGUUACUCCAUUCUCUCUGGUCUCGCCAUGGGAAUGGAGCCUAUUUGUGGUCAAGCUUUUGGUGCUAAAAGAUUCAAACUCCUUGGUCUUACAAUGCAAAGAACAAUGAUUCUUCUUCUUGUAACAUCCAUUUUCAUUUCAUUCUUGUGGCUUAACAUGAAGAGAAUUCUGCUUUUAUGUGGCCAACAAGAAGAUAUAGCAAACGUUGCGCAAUCAUACAUUCUUUAUUCUCUUCCUGAUCUCGUAGCGCAAUCAUUGCUACACCCUUUGCGAAUCUAUCUUCGAAGCCAAUCCAUAACACUUCCUUUAACAUACAGUGCUACUCUGUCGAUACUUCUUCAUCUUCCUAUAAACUAUUUUCUUGUUUCUGUCCUCAACUUAGGAAUCAAAGGAAUCGCGUUAGGUUCGGUUUGGACGAACUUCAACCUCGUUGCUUCGUUGAUUAUUUACAUUUGGGUUUCUGGAACACACAAGAAGACAUGGAAUGGCUUUUCAUCUUCUUGUUUCAAGGGAUGGAAAUCGCUUUUGAAUUUAGCAAUUCCGAGCUGCAUUUCGGUUUGUCUCGAAUGGUGGUGGUACGAGAUCAUGAUUUUAAUCUGCGGUUUAUUGAUUAAUCCACAUGCAACUGUUGCUUCUAUGGGUGUUUUGAUUCAAACAACUGCGUUAAUAUACAUUUUUCCUUCUUCAUUGAGUUUCGGCGUUUCGACAAGAGUUAGUAAUGAACUUGGUGCUGAAAAUCCACAUAAAGCAAAACUUGCAGCCAUAGUAGGACUCUGUUUUAGUUUUGUUUUGGGCUUCUCAGCUUUGUUCUUUGCAUUUUCGGUUCGAAACAUUUGGGCUUCAAUGUUCACAAAUGAUCCACAAAUCAUUGCUUUAACUUCAAUGGUGCUACCUAUCAUAGGACUUUGCGAGCUCGGAAACUGUCCACAAACAACGGUUUGUGGCGUUUUGCGAGGGACUGCUCGGCCGAAGUUGGGCGCGAAUAUUAACUUAGGAUGUUUUUAUCUCGUGGGAAUGCCUGUCGCGGUUUGGUUGAGUUUUGUUGCUGGAUUUGAUUUCAAAGGUUUAUGGUUUGGUCUUUUGGCUGCUCAAGGUUCUUGUAUGGUGACAAUGUUGUUUGUUUUGUUUCGUACCAAUUGGGAAAAUCAAGUAGAAAGAGCGAAGGAUCUGACAUCGUCUGAUCCGAGCGAAGAAGAUGAACAAGAAGAAGAGAAAGGAUUUGUGAGUUCAUGUGACAUAAAAGAGUGUUCUAAUUCAUUAGUUUGAUUGAGGGUUAAUUUUUUAAAUAUUUUACAUUGAGGUUUAAAUGAUGAACACAUUCAUUCUUUUUAGAAUUUUGUAGUGAUUUUUUAUUGUAAACUAAUUAAGGAGAAGUUAAUGAUUAUUAGAUUUGAGGCUAUGAGAAAUUUUGUCAAUUUUUAUAGAUUUUAGCAUGCAUGUAUGUAUGUUUGGGUGAAGAAUGAUUAACCAACUUGAGUUAUUAGAAACACAGAUGUAUGAAUAUAUUAAAAUCUUUGUGAUCAACAACCUUUAA